GAGAGAGAGAGAGAGAGAGAGAGACUCAUUCACCGCGUCUCUCCCCUCUGAUCGUGAAUACGAGUUUCUAGUUGUUACGUUAAUCUCACCCCACCCUGGAACGCUUAUUUUGUUGCGUCUACAGACUAGACCCCUCGGUCAUCCGUCGACGGACGGAGGUAGUGUGAAUGCGCCCUGGCCUGAAUACGCGCGGACCAUGGACCUCUAAAGACCGUUUGGAAUGCGCCCGGACCGUUUUGAGUACACCAUCCGGGUCCUUUCAGUGCACUGCUUUCCCCCCGAUCGUAAUUGGAACGCCCUAAUCAAACUAAGUAUAUCUGUUUGUGUUGCAAUGGCCAUGAGACAUACCAUUGACCGCCAGCAUCCCAGCUACAAAGAGGGGAAACGUAAAUUGCUUGAAAGUAAACAAGACCACCUUAUAGCUGAAGCUGAGAGAGCCGUUGAGGAGAGGAAACGUGCGCGUUCUGGUGGAGGACCUCCAUGUGGCUCCACUAGUGACGGUGCAAGACGAGGCAAGCCGAGGGGGAGGCGUGGAGGGCGACGCGGAGGGCGACGCAAAGCCUCAGCCACAGGACGUUAUGACUUGCAUCAGCCACUGUAUGUAUGUCAGACGUGCCAGCAGCAGAGGACCCCUGACAUGAAGCACUUCCUUCAGAGUGGAUAUUGGCCAGCCUCUCUCAAUACUUCCACGUUGUACACGUUGGACCUCUUGAGCUCCUUUCAGGAACUGAAAGUAAUCUCUCCGGGAUUCUCCAGACAGGCCUUCGCAAAGCUCCUGGAGCAUCGCACCAAGUGUGGAGGACGAUCUGGACAUAUCAAAGGCGACACCCUGCAGCGCAGCUUCUUGGAGUUUUCAUAUGCUUCGUUUGAGAAGGACCAACUCUGCUGUGGUGCUGUUUUCACCUGCACAGCCUGCACACCAGAAAUGUUGGCUGUUUCAGUAGAUGGAAACAGAAAGUUAUAUCGCUUUCGCCGAAAUGGAAGUUCUGGUGACCAUGCCUUUUUUGAAGGUUUAUUUGUGGCUGAAGACAGUGCAGUGUCUGGAUUUGUGGACAUGAUCCAGAAAGCUGUGAAAAAGACACAGGGAAGAGGCACGUGUGGGGACUCCCAAUGGACAGCAGCACGGGAGACAUCAAGAAGGGCAUCCAAAUUGGAUGAAGAGGGCAUGGAGGUUGCUGUGUGUCGCCAUGGUUUCCUUCUUAAAGCCCUUAAUAUGUACAGGGGAGAAAUAUUUGCCUACCCCAUGUACCUUCAAAAGGAGCUGAUGCCAGCCAAGGCACAAUUCUUUGCCAUGGAUGUGGCUUGCAAAUACUGGCCAUACCUGGAGAAAGUUGCCAGUGUCCUUCCUGCUCUCCAGGAGCUGACCACCAUGAAACCUUUCCUCAGCGUCAUGCAUGCUCGAGCUCAUGCUACCAAGUGUGAGAUUAAAUGGAGUGGUAGGAACCAGGAAGGAGCAGGGACAACCGCCGGUGAAGAGGUGGAACAAGUUAACAGCUACCUCUCUCGUUGUGCCCUUACGACAAAAUAUAUGUCGAAAGCAGCCCGGUUGGACAUGCUCACAUUGCAUGCAAUGUUGUGGAACCAGAAGAAAGGGGAUUCCUUACACCAGGCACUUUUUUUGUCCUUUGUUUUUAUCAUUUGAGCUGUUGUUAAUCCU